AUGUCCGAGCCACCUCCUUCCGUUCACAAACUUCAAGACAAGGAAGAGCAAGACACGCCACGCCGCGCCGCGUCCGAGCCACCUCCCCUCCCCGCGGCCCCGAACCCAAUUGGCCCUCCCGCCCCCCCAGCUCCAACCGCCACCUACUCGAUGCAGCCGCGCGCCGUCGUCUCCGAGCCCGGUCCAGGGCUGGCGGCAGGCGGCAACCCCGUGUCGCACUACGUCGACCCGUACGUCGGCCGGCGCGUCGACCGCCAGCGAGAGUACCGCCCAUACGAGCGCUACUGGACCCAGGCGCCAACCUCAUACGAGCGCACGCGCCUCGAGAGCGACGACGACGCACACGACGACACAGACCUGGACACGGCGGGCAGGGCGACACCCCCCGCCCGUGUGGUGGUGCUGGAGGCUGAGGUUGACCCAGAGCGGCGGGUCACGCGUCAAACCACUUCUCCUAGCCACUCCAAGUCUUCCCAGGCGCCCCGAAGCCCCUCCCCGGUCGACCACGGUGCCAUCCGCACCGAAGGCCACCCGACGACAGACCUCGAGUCGGAGACGCAGCGAGCCCCCGGACAGCCAAGAUCACGGCCGAUGACCGGCUCGGACCGCGCAACAUUGGAAUCCUACUAUCCAAUGUUGGCGCAGAAGUUCGGCCCUCUGCCCUCUCUCCCGGCAGUGGUGGGGGCGUCCUCGUCCCCGGACUACUCCCGCGACGGUAGCUCCUACUCGUCCUCGUCGUCGGCAUCAGGGCGGUCGCCCCAGGACCGCCGAUCUCCAGCUACAGUUCCACUUCCUGGGCGGACGGAGCCCGCCCCGGCUCUAACUCUGGAGCUUCUCUCCCUGCUCGAGCCCCGACUCCUGCGCGACUCCUCGGGCCUCCACCGCUCGCCAGCCGGGGCCGAUCCGACCCUCCGCCUCACCUCGUAG